CCUCAGCAUCAGGCUAUUUCACGAACGCGAUUUUCUGAUUUGGUGUCAACCUAACUUCUCUCACCGUGCCUCUAGGAGUUGUUCAACCACACAGGCGUAGAAAACUAUUUCUUUAAUGGAACCAGCAGAAGACCAUGCUCCUGGGGAGCAAGCCACCGUCUUGUCCGAUCAGCCCCCCUCGUCCAGAAAAUCCUACAGACGCAAAUAUCGCAAAAUUAUGGUGUCGUUUGAGGAAAAGAUGAGGGAAGGCAACAACCUGUUCAAAGAAGAGCAAAGGAUCAUGGACAUAUCUCUGAGGCUGGCUGAGCAGACCGAGUAUGAAAAGGAAUGCACGAUGUUUUUCGCUCACUGACUCCCGGACCAGUCAACUCCUUCAGCUACUUGUUGAACUCAAUUCCUGCCCGCAGGUGCCCCAAAGCCUACGUUACGAUCUUCGACCUCCCGGUGAGAGCCACUCAGGUGACGAAACUGUGAAACCCGCUAUAUCUGAAGAAGAUGGAUAUUUGGAUCUGAGGAGGGCUAGAAGACAAUUGCAAGCUGGAGAAAUCACUUUAGCCGGAUACAGAGAAAUCGAAGCCGCGCUCCUUAAGACCCGAGAAUUUGCACCGGGCCGUUCGUACGCUUCACUGCUCUCAAUUGCGCCUACGCCCAGCCAAUCGGUUGAGAAGAUGGACCCCAGCAAUGUUGCAGCUUGCAGUUUGUUGUCGACGAAGCAAGAAGAACAAUACCUGCAAGGUCUUGAUGCAUUCCUCGAAGGGUCAGCGACUAAUCCCAGGCCACAUGUUGCCAACAGCCUGGGGAGUCGGGGUGCGGAAAAGACAACAGAACGCGAACGAGAAACACAACUCAGAAAUCCGGUGUCUGUCUACAACUGGCUUCGAAAACAUCAACCUCAGGUGUUUCUCCAGGACAAUGAGGCCAGUACUGAGAAGACGCCCCGAGCCACGGGAUCACGGAGUUCUACACGCAGGUCGGCGAACAAGGAUGCUCUCAAACAGGAACAGGAUUACUAUGAUGAAGACGGUUUUGCCUUGGACAAUGGAUCAUCGUUGAGAGGGAAGAGGAAGCGAGACGCCGAUGGUGGCUAUCGACCAAAGGGAGGCAGUUCCAAAAAGCGCAGGAAGGAGACAAAAGAGGAUUCAGGCCGAAGCAAGCGGACGAAGCAGUUGUCAAUGGACGCCAGAUAGAAGGCCCACGCAACAGGCACAUGCCGAUGGUCAGAUGCAGUCGUGAUAGGCAGCCGCCUUUGACAAGAUCUGAAGCAUUUCUCGAUUAGAACAGAAUCCCAUCUUUCCACGUGGUGUUAGAGUUGGAUGA